AGAAGUAUCACUGAGGACCUGGAGGCUCUAUAUACAUCUCAAGCCAUCAGUACAGCAAUCCUAUUCUCCUCUCUCUAUUCUCCCUUCUUUCGCUACUCUCUUGAAGCUGGGCCCGAAGGAUCGUACUGGUGCUGGGAUUCAAUUACAAUUUCAUCUUAUACGACAAGCUCGCACGACGUCCUCAACAUCCCCAAGUCAGCGUAACGAUAGACAUACUUCUGGAUACACAGAAUGCAGGCCAUUAAGUGUGUUGUUGUAGGAGAUGGUGCAGUUGGAAAGACAUGCCUUUUGAUUUCGUACACUACAAACGCCUUCCCCGGCGAAUAUAUCCCAACUGUGUUCGAUAAUUACUCGGCCAAUGUCAUGGUCGACGGGAAAACCAUCUCGCUGGGCUUGUGGGAUACUGCUGGUCAAGAAGAUUAUGACCGACUUCGGCCCCUUUCAUACCCUCAAACAGACGUUUUCCUUAUCUGCUUUUCUCUUGUUAGUCCUCCAAGUUUUGAGAAUGUUCGAACCAAGUGGUAUCCUGAAAUCUCUCAUCACGCACCGUCUACGUCCAUCGUCUUGGUAGGCACCAAACUUGAUCUUCGUGAAGACCCCGGCACAAUUGAGAAGCUGCGAGAGAGGCGAAUGGCUCCGAUACAGUAUUCACAGGGAGUCGCGAUGGCCAAGGAUAUCGGUGCCGUGAAAUAUUUGGAAUGUUCCGCAUUGACUCAGAAGGGUUUGAAGACAGUCUUCGAUGAGGCAAUCCGCGCCGUCCUCAACCCCCCACCUCAGCCGAAGAAAUCAAGCAAGGGCAGCAAGUGCAUCAUUGCUUGAUCAUUUUUCGAGAUCCAUAGAAAGGAUCGUAGGAUCCUGCCUGGAUGUCAAACGACUGUCGCGACUUUACGAAUUCACACACAUUUACGACUCGGACGCCCGCCUUCAGCACAAACCCCAGUUACCAACCAUUCGAACACUACAUACAGCAUGCCCUGUGUCUCUGUUAUACUGCUUCACGAGACUCUUUGCACGGUGAUAUCCAUGUUCGUUGGUCUAUUCCUCUUUUUUUACUUUUGUAAUAUGUUGCAUGCGUACUUGGAGAUUUCAUAUUGCUUUUUUCGAUCAAAGUUAUAGUUGCAAACGCGCACAUGUAUCUCUCCUAUGUACGCGCUGAGGCUUCGGGAAUAUCCCUGGUGUUACGGUAUUCUUCAACUGCAUGCAUGAUGUGCUAUCCAUGAGCUCAGACCAGG